AUGGUAUUGCAGCUUCAAUCUGCCAUCGGGGGUGGCUCCAGGCUGAGUGGGCAAAAGCGGAAGCUGCCUUCGGGAGCUGAAGAAGCCGACUACAACCUGAGUGGGCAUAGUCUUGCCACUCGAUAUUUGAUGAGUUGUCUCCAUAAGAGGCAUUACAGUGAUGACCCUACACCCCUGCUUGAGCUCCUGGGCUGUGUUUCGGACUGGCUUGGGGACUUGUACGACAACGGCUACGAGUACCGAGGCCAAGUUUGGAGGUUUGUUCCAAUAGGCCUGAAAGGCGACUUGGUGUUUCAUGCCAAGGCUGCUAGCCUAGAACGGUCGUUCAGUCGUGUUCGCAAACGGAAGGAGACUCCUAAAUCGAAGCCUUUACAGGGCUGCUGCCCGUGGUGUUUAGCAGGAACCCCAAACGUGGCUUUUGAGUGUUUUGACAAAGAGGCUCCCUGGAUACAAACUUCGGGGGCUCGGAACCCAGUACCUUGGACAGAGACCCCUUCGAUCCUGAGAUCGAUCCCGGUCAGCGCGGACCAGCCGUCUUUCUUGAAACCCGAUUUAUUUCACAUUUUGCAAAUGGGAGCCUACAAAGAAUUCGCGGCGAGUGGACUCUGCCUACUGUUGCCUUUCUGUGGCGGUAGCUCUCAGGACGAGAAUAUGGCUACGAUGAACCAGUACCUUGUGAACUAUGUCAAAGAAACGAAGUCCCCGCUUCACAUGCCAAAGCUCUCGCUGGAAAUGAUUGGUGCCAAGACCCCCACCGUUUAUGCUUCUGGGGGCUGGAACAAAGGCCAAGAUUCAGUGGUUUUGAUGGGCUUCGUUGAGUGGCUGAUUGGCAAGCUGCCUGUCGAUGCUUUUCAAAAACCCUGGAAAUACCUGGCUGAGGGCUGCAGAUCAAUUGCGUGUGCGAUGAAGAUUUUGCAUUCGGCCGCUGCUUUUAUGCCUAAAAGCAGUGCCCUGGAGGCAGCCGAGGCUGGAUAUAGAUUCUUGCUCUGCUACGCGAACUUGGUCAAAUGGUCGGUUUCCCAAAAGAAACUUCUGUUCAACCUCAUACCCAAACUGCACUAUCUGCAUCACGUGCUGGUGGAACUGCGGGCGACGGGUUUGAACGACCGAAUUGCCCGUGUUUUCAACCCGAUGUGCAACUGCACAUCACAGUGCGAAGAUUUUAUUGGCCAUAUCGCACGGCUGAGCCGUCGUGUAACCCCAAAGCACCCGCAUACACGUGUUCUGCGACGUUAUCAGGCAGCCCUUGCUGAUAAAAUGGGAUUGCUGAAGUGA